GGCAUUUUAUCGUUCUUAUCGCAAAUUUGGAGCCACCAUUGUCACGAUCCAUCCCUGUGACCGCACCUGCCACCACUUCUCACACUCAGCUCUUUAUCCGGCCUGUCGUGAACUUCGAACUUGGUUCACCUCGGGUUACUAACGAUCUAUCAAAGUAGCGAGGUUUUAUCUCACUGCAUACUUCCUCCGACAUGCGCUUCUCUCUUUCAACUCUCGUGGCGCUGGGCGCCUUACAGACUCUCGGUGUCUAUGCUCAGGACUGCGUCAACGCAUGUGUUGAAUCAGUAAAGCCAACUGUGGGCUGCGCAGAUGUCACCCAGGCCGGUUGUAUUUGUGUCAGCCCCAGCUUUAUCAAGGGUGUGGCUGAGUGUGCGAGAGCGCCGUCAUGCAAUGCUGCAGACGCCGAUAUUACCAGCUUUUUGAGCAACGGGUUUUGUGUGGGUCAGCAACUCCCUGCCCUUCCAGAAGCUGCCGCAACGUCGGCUUCAGGCGCAGUGACAACAUCUGCAGCAGCUGUAGCAACUUCGUCCGAAGUAGCAGCAGCAACAUCGGAAACCCCUGCCGCGGCUGAUACCUCUGAUGCUGCAUCAAGCUCUGCUGCGCCCCCAGUAACUUCAGAGGCGCCUGAAGUUACUUCGACUGAUGUUGUCGAUGCGAGUUCCACGGCUGAAACUGCCGGUGCCGCCGAACCUACUGCCACUGGAUCUGAGGCCUCUGCUUCCUCCACCGAUGCCGACAGCUCAUCAACAGCUUCCGAGGCGGCUGGUGCUGCCACUACCUCUGACUCUUCAGAUGACGACUCAGACAAGAAGGAAGAAUCUUCCAGCGGCAUGUCUGGUGCUGCGAAGGCCGGUGUUGGUAUUGGAGUUACUAUUGGUAUCCUCGCACUUCUCGGCAUCGCAGGUUUCUUCUUCUGGAAGAAGCGUCAAAACCAGCACGAUCUCCCUCGUGGAAACAUGGCAAGCAUGUCACCGCCUAUGGCUACCAGGGACCGCAGUUAUCCCUUGCCCGACCAGGGAUCGAUUGGCGAGAAGAAUGGAUAUGACCUUGAGCUAAUGUCCCAUCGAUAUGAGGAUAUGCUUCCUCGCGAGGAACCGCGACACAUGGUUUGAGCAAAGCUAGCUUGUGGGAGAUAUCGGCGUUUAAAACGGGGUUAAGCAGAAUCAAUAUAUGGCAGAUGACAAUCGCAUACGC